AUGUCUCAAUCUAUUCCCAAGACUGUUAAGCAGUGGACCAUUCCUUCCCGUGAUGGAAAGGACUUCAGCGGUCUGAAGUUCAGCGAGGAGUCCGCUCCUGAACUCGGUGACGGCCAGGUCCUCGUCAAGCUCCAGGGUGCUUCUCUCAACUACCGUGAUCUCAUCCUCCCUCUCGGAAAGUACCCCUUCCCCGCAAAGGACGGCGUCGUCCCCGGCUCCGAUGGCGCCGGUACCGUCCUCGCCGUCGGCAAGAACGUCACCCGCUUCCAGCCCGGCGACAAGGUCGUCACCCUCUUCAACCAGGGCCACAUCGGCGGCUCUCUCGAUCAGCUGAGCAUCCAGACCGGCCUCGGCGGUGUUACCGACGGAACCUUCCGCACCGUCGGUGCCUUUGACGAGCAAGGUCUUGUCCCCAUGCCCUCCAACCUCGACUUCCACGAGGCUGCCACCCUCACCUGCGCCGGUCUCACUGCCUGGAACGGUCUUUACGGCCUCGAGGGCAAGAAGCUCCUCCCCGGCCAGUGGGUUCUCACCCAGGGUACUGGUGGUGUGAGCAUCUUCGCCGUUCAGUUCGCCAAGGCUGCCGGCGCAAAGGUCAUCGCUACCACCAGCUCCAGCGAGAAGGCCAAGCUCCUCGAGAAGCUCGGCGCCGACCACAUCAUCAACUACCGCGAGACCCCUGAGUGGGGAGCCAAGGCCAAGGAGCUCACCGGCGGCGCUGGUGUCGACCACGUUAUCGAGGUCGCCGGCCCUUCAUCCAUGAAGCAGUCCCUCAACGCCAUCAAGAUUGACGGUGUCAUCUCCAUUAUCGGAUUCGUUGGCGGCACUGGCCAGAACGACCCUGGAUUCCUCGACUGCCUGUCCAACCUCUGCACCACCCGAGGUCUCCUCGUCGGAAGCAGAGCCCAGAUGGAGGACAUGUGCCGCGCUGUCGAGGCCAACCCCGAGAAGCUCCGCCCCGUCGUCGACUCCAAGGUCUUCUCUCUGGAGCAGCUACGUGAGGCUUACGAGUACCAGUGGUCUGGCAAGCACCAGGGCAAGGUCUGCAUCAAGAUUGAUUAA